AGGCUAAUCGUGGAGCCGCGCGCGUUGGCGAGGAGCUGCCAGAAACCAAUUCUUGGUCAACCCCACCGCCACCACUACCGCCGCUUCGUUUCUUCAUCAUCGAUGGGCUGCGCACACUCGACUCCUGGCAACGCGGAUCAAUUCACCAACUGGACUGUGUCCGACGCCACCAACGUGUCCCCAUGUCCGUUCGUGAAUGCGUUUGCCAAUCACGGUCUCAUCCCACGCACGGGCAUCACGGUUGAAAACAUCAAGAGCGCGCUCACGAUCUUCCAAGUGGACGAAGCCCUUCAAAAGCUGUUCACGGGGGCAGCCGUGACUGCGUUGGCGUCCUCGGUCCCUCAAGAAGGCAAGGAAGCGACCACGGAAGAAACGCCCAAAACGCUGACACUGUCCGCACUUUCCCAACACAACGCGAUGGAGCACGAUGCGUCCCUGUCACGCCAAGACGCUGCGCUCGGCGACUCGGUCAAGCUCGAUCCCGCGUUGCUCGAGCAGCUCGUCGCGCUGUCCGCGGACGGUCAGUACAUUACGAAGGCGCACAUUGGCCACUUCCGCGCGAUCCGCGAAGAGCAAAGCAAGGCAAAAAACGAAGCGUUCGUAUUCGACGCGAAGCAGCAGUUUCUCGCGUAUGCCGAAGCGGCGCUGCUCCUCCUCGCCCUUCGCGACUCGACCGGCAACAUUAAAAUCGACUGGCUCAAGCUCGUUUUUGAGCAGGAAAAGCUCCCUCUGGAGCUUGGAUGGGAAGUCCGUCCGAUCACGGCGGACGAAGUGUUGGCGCUCGCGAGUGAGCUGCGCGGCGGGGAGCCAUUUGACAAGGCGGCUUUCGAACAGUUCUACUAGCUGCGAUGACCAACCUUCAAUCCUGGCGCGGCCAAGUCGUCCGUCUUUGCACCUUUCACUCGACUCUACCGUUGUAGCCUGAACUUUUUACUAUGACAAAAAAAUCCUAUAAAUCGGUGCCACUUACGAACUACCCGCCCAUCAUUGAA